AUUUAUUUUUGGUCAAAUCCUCGCCUAACAUGCCUUUUUGGUCUUCUUUCGUGCACCCUCCUUUCUCCACUUCAUAUAAAACUCCACUGUGCCCCCCUUACCUUGUUUCAUCAAACAACUCAAUUCAAGACCUUAACUCUUUUCUCUCUCCAUUUUCUCCCUCUCACCGGCCAUGGCUUCUUCUGCCACACAUCUACCCAACACAAAUCCUCACAUUACAUUCUCACAAAGCUUCCGUCCAAUUAAGUCUCAUCCCUUUGGUCAGGUUUCACUGCCUAAUAGAAACAAUGACUUGUCUCCCUCUAAGCACUCAAUAGUAGCUUCUGGUUCUGCAUUAGGAAUCACCUCCACCCUUGCUAUUACUCUUACCAACAAUAACACUACUCUCUCACAACCUCCCGUGAGACAGGUUCAACCAGCCGUUAUAGUAAAUCAACCUUGGUUACCCGGUAAUCAAGGUUUUGGCAACCAUGCGAACCAGCUUAAUGUUGGCGAUCCUAGAAAACAUGCACCACCCCUUCAGGGUAGGCAGGUACAACCAGCUGUUGAUGUAGCAAAUCAACCUUGGUUACCAGGGAACCAAGAACCCUGGUUACCGGGGAACCAAGGUUUAGUUAACGAGGCGAACCAGCCGAAUGCUGAGGAUGCGAGAAAACAUGCACUGCCACCAUCGACUACUUGCCUAGCCAAACUAUGGAGGGAGAUUCAAGGGUGCAACAACUGGGAGAAUCUUCUAGACCCUCUACACCCUCUUCUCCGGCAAGAGAUCAUUCGCUAUGGCGAGUUUGUCUCAGCCUCUUACAAGGCCUUUGAUCUUGAUCCAACCUCCAAACGGUACUUGAACUGCAAGUACGGAAAAAAAAAUAUGUUAAGUGAAGUGGGAAUGGAGAAUUCUGGCUAUGAAGUCACCAAGUACAUCUACGCCACCCCUGACAUCAACAUUCCCAUCACAAACUCUUCUUCCAUUAAUUCUGGUCGGUGGGUUGGUUAUGUGGCAGUUUCAUCAGAUGAAGCUGUGAAAAGACUUGGAAGAAGAGACAUAGUUGUAACUUUCAGAGGAACAGUGACGAAUCAAGAGUGGAUCUCAAACUUGAUGAGUUCCUUGACACCAGCCAUGCUUGAUCCUCACAAUCCACAACCCCAUGUGAAGGUGGAGUCUGGUUUUCUCUCCCUAUACACCUCUGAUGAAAGCUCUUCAAAGUUUGGACUUCAAAGUUGCAGGGAGCAGCUUCUUUGUGAAGUGUCAAGGUUGAUGAAGAAACACAAAGGGGAGAGAGUAAGCAUAUCCUUGGCUGGUCAUAGCAUGGGAAGUGCUUUGGCUAUUUUGCUUGCAUAUGACAUAGCUGAGCUUGGGUUGAACAAAAAGAACCCAAAUAGUACUGAGACGGUUUCUGUCAUGAACCAAUUAUCGCAAACAGUUCCGAUCACUGUUUUCUCCUUCGGGGGACCAAGGGUGGGUAACUCAGAGUUCAAAGAGAGGUGUGAGGAGCUUGGUGUGAAGGUGCUAAGAAUAGCAAAUGUUAAUGACCCCAUCACAAAGCUACCUGGAGUUUUCAUGAAUGAGAAUUUUAGGGUUUUGGGUGGGAGGUAUGAAUUUCCUUGGAGUUGUUCUUGUUAUGCACAUGUGGGUGUUGAGUUAGUUCUUGAUUUCUUCAAUGUCCAGAACCCUUCUUGUGUUCAUGACUUGGAUAGCUAUAUUGGCCUUCUUAGAUGCCCUAAUAGUAAAAACAAGGUUGAAGUGAUGAUGCAGUCUCAAAGGGAAGGAGUGAACUUUUUGGUGGAGAAAGCAAGGGAGUUGUUUCUCUUGAGCUAUAACAACAUGAAAGUCUUGCCCCAAGGAAAUCACCUGCACCAUGGUUUGCUGAGUUCAUUCUCAAUGGAUAUAUUAAGUUCUUGGAGUGAUGAAUUGCUUUUUGGCCUAGUUCUUUUGUUGUUGUAAUUAAGUAGAUGAUAUUCUAAGUAUAUAUAGAAGUGAAGAAUCAUCAAUAAACUGAAGAGUGAAGGCUGA